AUGAAUCUUUUCCAUUCAGACGAUUUUCCAAUCCAUGUGGAGACAUUGAUGCAGCAGAAUCAUGUCCCUGGUCUCGCUGUGGCCAUUGUUCGCGGUGAUCAGAUCGCCUCUGCGGGCUAUGGCUAUGCAUCUCUGGACCCGGAGACGCCCUGCACUCCAGACACAAUCUUCGAUAUCGCCUCAAUGUCAAAGUCACUGACCGCUGCGUCUGUGGUGCUGCUUGUGAAUGAUAACAAGAGCCAUCCAGAGGUGCAGUUCGAUACGCCCAUGUCGACUUUGCUCCCUGAGGACUUUGUGAUGUCAGAUGAGACUUAUACUGCGGGAGUGACGGUCGACGACGUUUUGGGCCACAGGACGGGAUUAUCAGGAUACCUGUACUCGAAUACAAUGUACACAGUAGCUACACACCUCGUAGAAGAGAAGAGCAAGAAGUCCUUUGCAGACUUUCUGCAUGACCGCAUCUUCUUCCCCUUGGUGAUGGCGUCGACGCACCUGCAGCCUCAGAGAGCAAGAGAUCACGGCUUGGGCUCACGUCUAUCUACAGGCUAUCUCUGGGAGAAGGAGGACUCAACCUACUAUGGAGUCGAAAUCCAGGACUGCCCAGAGGGUCAGGGCGCUGGAUCGGUGGUAUCGAGUGCCAACGACUUGGUCCUAUGGGUCAAGGCUCUGAUGAACCGAGAGGGGCCUAUCUGCGAGGACGUCUACCAGGGAAUGGUUCGCCUGCGUUCGCUCAGAGACCCGAGCGGCAAGAGACUCAAACCUCUGACUUCUCCUCCGUUCUACGCUGCAGGGAUCGAAAUCUACUAUUAUCGAGGCUAUGCGGUGGUAUGGCAUGAUGGGAACACGACGGGAUUUAGCGGUAGAUUCUUCUUCGUGCCUGAACUCAAGGUCGGCGCCGUUGUACUCGGAAACGCAUCUGGUGCCAUGGCCGUUAGCUCAAUCUUGAUGCGGGAACUCUUGGACGAUGCAUUGGGGGUACCGCAGGAGGAGCGACGAGCACAGGAGAAGGGCAAGAAGAAGGAGGGCAAGAAAAGGGCCACCAAGGUCGCGGCCGGUCCGCCUCCUCCCCGUUCUGCGAGGGGGAGAGGGAAAACCGAGCUGCAGGCGCAGGUGACACCGCUUGCGGCCUAUACGGGAGAUUACUCCAACACGGGAUACCACAGCCUGAGGGUGGAAAUUAAGGAUGACGGGCUAUUCAUUGAUGCGACAGACCGCUCUUUUGGCUUUACCUUGGAGUUUGAGCAUCGGGAGGGCCAGACAAAGUACACUGCAUAUCUUUGUGAUUUCCUGGAGGGUGGUGCAGACCCUAUCGCGGCCGAGUUUUCGUUCGAGGGAGGAGUGGCUGUGAGGAUGGGAUUAGAUCUUGAGCCGGCUUUGAAAGAGCUGGUAUGGCUUUCUACUUCAUCCAUCAUGUCAUCACCACCGAGUUACAACAUCGCCCUCAUCGGCCUGGGAUCAAUCGGCAUCUCCUUCGCCGCCCUUCACCUACGCUUCACAAACGGCACAGUAAAAACCUUCGACCCAAGACCAGAUCUAAAAGAGCACCUCCUUUCCGUCCUUCCCGGCUACCUCUACGCAAACGACCCUCAGAGCCCGUCUCUCAACGUAGCCAACCUCAUCACCGCCGGCCGCCUGGUGAUAUGUGACUCCCUCGAAGACGCCUGUGCAGACGCCGACAUCAUCCAGGAGCAAGGCCCCGAGAACAUCUCAUUCAAGCAGAAGACGUGGACGGCCAUCGAGGCUGCCGCACCUCCUCACACCCACUUCUGGAGCUCGACCUCGGGGAUCCUCGCAUCCGCUCAGAACGAGUCCAUGAAAGACCGCAGCCGCCUGCUCGUCGUGCACCCGUUCAACCCACCUCACAUCAUGCCCCUCAUCGAGGUUGUGCCGUCUCCGGAGACGAAGUCUGAGGAGAUUGACUUUGCCCGUACCUACUUUGAGACUCUCGGCUCUGGCCACCGUCCCGUCGUUGUGAAGAAGGAGAUUCCAGGCUUCGUCGGCAACAGACUGGCAUUUGCAUUACUGAGGGAGGCCGUGUACCUAGUCGAGAACGACGUGGUGAGCGCAAAGGACUUAGACACGGUCAUGGAAGCGAGCCUGGGGCCGAGGUGGGCUGUCCAGGGACCGUUCAAGUCAUACCACAUGGGCGGAGGAGCCGGCGGCAUAAGGCAUUUCCUGGGGAACCUGAGCUCUACGAUACAGACUGUUUGGAACGGCUUGGGAAGCGUGAACUUUGGGGGACAAGGAAAGGCCGAGGAGGAGAGUGCUUGGGUUGAUAAGAUUGUUAAGCAGACGGAGGAGGCUUAUGGGAUGCCUGACCCUGCUAUGCUUGAUGAUAGGGAUAGGGAGAUUCGAAGAGUACUGGGCUUGUGA